CCCAAAUCCCCAAUCUUUCACAUUUAUGGCCCUAAUCCUUCCACAGAAAUGGUGAAGUGGGUCACCAUCCUCAGCCACCUCCAACCCCAACCACCUCUUGCCCCUUGAGUCCCUCUUCCACCACCACCUACGCUGCCCCUCCUCUCCUUGCCCCAUCCCCCUCCCUCUCCACUCCCUCGCUUACCCUAACCACUGUGAAGCGUGGAAGAAGGAGUGUUCGAAGCUUCAAGAAUCACGAAAUGCAAAGUACAUUAUUCUUGAGGCCACAAUCACCAGCUAACUACUUAGAUAGUGGUUCUGGUACUGAUUUUGUGUAUUCACCAUCAGAGCCAGGUGCUGUAAGUAGUUUAAGAUCAUGGUUCACAUACGAAGAACUUAUCCAAGCUACAGAUGGGUUUUCUCCAAAAAAUCUACUGGGAGAAGGUGGAUUUGGUGCGGUCUACAAAGGUAUACUUUUUGAUGGAAGAGUAGUGGCUGUGAAACAGCUUAAAGUUGGUGGUGGGCAAGGGGAACGCAAAUUUAGAGCAGAAGUUGAGAUUAUUAGCCGUGUGCAUCAUUGCCAUCUUGUUUUCCUGGUGGGCUAUUGUAUAUCUGAGCAUCAAAGAUUGCUUGUCUAUGACUAUGUUGCUAACAACACACUUCAUUACCAUCUUCAUGACCAAUUUUGGAUUGGCCUACCAGAGUCAAGGUUGGAGUUGGGACUGCUCGAGGAAUAGCUUACCUACAUGAAGACUGGGUGUCUUUUAGAUGCGAUUUGGCAGAAACCUGGUGGUGAUGCAGAAACCUGAUUUUCAAGCUUGUAUAGCUAAUAAGGAAAAGGAAAUCAAUAGGUUGAAGGAGCUCCUGGAGGCAGAGAAGAAAAAGGCGGAUAAGGACUAAUAUGUCCUGUGUGAAACGACGUCGUUUUGGGGUGGGAUGACUAAUAUGUCCUAUUUUAAAAAUUACACAUUUUGGUGUGAGAGGACUAAUAUGUCCUAUUUUAAAAAGUUACAUGCCACGUGUGCUCCCGUAACGGCCAGGUCAGCGCCAUGGGAGCCACGUCAACGUUUUUCAUUGAGUCCAAUAGAGUCACUUCAACGGAGGGGUAAAUUUGUCAACGUUUUGAAAGGGUCAGGGACAUGAAUGUAUUUUCCAAUCCUUGGGGACGAAAAUGUCCGCGAAAAAAAAGGUCAAGGACCAAUUUGUCCUUUACUCAAUGUAUAUUUAUGAUAAAACAACUCGUCUUAUGUAUUGGUAAAGGAAAUCCUUCGAAGACAA